AUGGCUCAACCUCCAUCAAUUCCUGCUACCAACGCGACCCUUGGGAAGCGAGCUCGCUCGGUUGAUACCGACACUUCAUCAAAGCGAGCGUGCAGUGACGAGUAUCAUAAUCUUGGUUCUGAUGAGAGUGUCUACCCACCCCGCAAUACAACACCAUAUAUGGUAUCGCCAUCUUUCCUAGAUUUUGAGGAUUCACCAGAGCCUGUAGUUGCAUCGAUUGGUUCCGCGCCAGCCGUGUAUCCUGAUCGCCGAUACCGACAAGCAGUGCUCCAAAUGAACGGUCAAGAACCACCUACUACGAAUAUGUGCCAUCACCCUCCCAGCGUACGCCUCGCCAUGCCGUCGCUCGAGAACGGUCAACACCCUAGCCCCCCUCUCUUCGGCAACCUUGGACACUUUUCACAGCGCAAGCCUCCACCAUAUACAGCACAGAGUACACAAUCACAAAGGCAGCUUCCAAGCCCAUCAGUUCCGCUGAUACACAAACCAAAACAGGCAUCACUUCAGCCGAAUCGUGGUACUAUCAGUCUGGGCGAAGGAAGUCCAGUCACAUAUCCAAUUGACCUUGAUGGUAACACUUCAUCACCAUGGUCUGGCUCGUCAGUGGCCUAUGAUAACUACUUUCAUAUUGUAACCCCUUCGAGUGUUACGGCUAGUCGAAAUACUCCAAGUUGCUCACCAAAGCAAGGCACGCAACAUCCAGUCGUAGGAGAAAAGCGGCCAUUAGACAUGCCAGAAGAAGAGGACCAGAAGCAAGCCGCAGCAAAGAAAGCGCGCAUUGACCGCACCGAGGUUGACCUAGUACUAUACGAGAAUAACAAGGACGCGAUUGAAAGUCUGUGGAAAGCGGGUCGAAAAGACCCUAAAGCCCGUUGGUUUGAGAAGCUGUACGCUUGGAAAGACACCGUCAAACGGCCAGCUCAACGACCCAAUCCUCGUAAGCCAAAGGUCGAACAACCAGAUCGGAAUCGAAGGAUUGCUCCUGCUCAGCUUCCCAAUAAUUUAACUCGAACGUCGGACAUGACAUCUCCUGUGGAAAUUGUGUAUAUUCGACAACGCUGGGAAAGCUCAAAGCCGGGAGAACAAAAACAUCCAAUGAACAAGGUUUUAGUACCGGACUACCCUCAAGAAGAUACCAUUGAGAACAGUAGAUUGCGAUCAAAUGGAAACUACAGUUGCAGACAUAUCAACAGAGAGUUCAAUUGCUGCAAAAAUGGGCUUUCUCGGGCACAGAAACAGACCUCCAUCUACAAGGGCCUGAUCAGUUGGAAGAGGGAGGUUGAACGACUCAUUGAACAAGGUGACCUCCAUAUUGCUCACAAGACCUGGAAUCAGUGGCACGACGCGAAUAUCCGAGACAAGACAGGAGUCGCGGCGCAACGACGAAACCGGAUCGACGCACUCCUCCAGCCUGUACAAGGACCACACCAGAAUUUGCUAGCACCAGCUUCUCAGGGCACAGUCCAUCUAAAUCAACAACAGGCUCGUCACCCGGUGAAGAGGGCUAGUCUAGCAUCAGCCUUACCCAUCCCAUCUGUUGAAGAGAGCAACAAAGUUAGGAGAUUGUCGGCCCGUCCUCAUCGGCCUUCAGUAAUGCCUGCUGGAACGAUGCAAAGACCGGUAUCUUCCGGGAGCGAUAUAGCUAGAUCGACAUAUCAAGUAUCAGCACCAACGACUGUACCAAAUGAUACAGCAUUCUCUCCUUGGGUUGGAUUGCCUCCACCAGUGAAUGUGAUACAACCGGCUCAAAGCAUCAGUCAAAAACUGGUAGCUACUGAGCAAAAGUCUGACUCCACGGGGCCGCCGACGAAGAACGUUGUCCAGGUGACACCAAAGCCGAUUCCUAAUCCAGAAUUCAGGAUACGUCAACACGCAAUGGAAGCUAUCCAGCGUCAGAUUGGAAUGAAUAGCACCGCGCGUGCUAGGAAUAAAGAGGCUGAAGGUGUGACAAUUGGUGGUAUUGAUCUCUCCAAGGAGCCCAUAUCUCAGGAUCUGCCAGGUGUCAUGAAGAGGGUCAUAUGCGCGUUGAGACUGACAGCUGUAGAAGCUGCCAAAGCGUCGCCAAAACCCGAGGUACUAGCAUCUGUUGAAGUCAGCAAGGCAGCUUUCAACAAGGAACCAGAGACAAUCGAAACACCACUUUGGGACCUUUUCGAUUGCCUUCCCGGUGAGACUUGGGAGCAACUCUGUGCCUACCCACUAGAAGACGACCUCUUUCUGAGUACCGCCUCAAAUACAGGCAUGCACACAAGCACCGAAACAGAUGACAAGAUGACGUUGGCGGAGGAACACGAGUGGAUUUUGAAGCAGCAUGGCGCUCCUGCCGCUGUCUUGGAAGCGUCUACCUCUUUUGAAGAGUUUCAACAUGCGAUGGGGACAUUUGACGCAUGGGAAUCGGAAGGAUACAAACUAUUCCCAUAA